AUGUUGUCGAGCGGUGAUACUUUGCCCGCUGCUCUCCCGACUAGCCAGCCGUCAUGUACUGAAUCAUGCUGGUUCGUGGCUACGGCUUCCGGCAACUGUUAUUCGGGCGCACCGACGCCGAUACGAGACUGCAUCUGCACAAACAUCCCAUUGCUAUCUGUCUUGUCCACCUGCGUCCAAAAAUCGUGCUCCUUUUCUGACCAACUUGUCCAUGUCGAUACCUUGGCCACCAUAUGCGAUGGCUACGACAAGCCCUCGCGAAAGGCUGAGUUGAUUGUCCUCGCCGCGGCUGGUAUGACAUUGGCAACCGUCAUGGGAGCCCUUCGCUGCUGGUCACGACUUGUCACAGUACGGAGACUUGGCUGGGAUGAUUGGACUGCAUUGGCUGCGUUGAUCCUCUUGUUAGUGAUGGGUAGUGUAGGAAUGGUCGCCACCAAAUGGGGAUUUGGUGUGCACUACUGGGACUCUGACAUCCGGUUGUCUCGAACAAUACAUCAGGUCUUUUGGGCCAUGGAGGUUGGCUAUCUCUUUAACAUCAACCUUAUCAAAGCCUCCAUCAUGCUACUGUAUGGACGGACAUUUGAAACAACUGGCUGGCAGACAUUUGUCAGAUAUUCGUUGCUCUUCAUUGCUGCAAGGACGGUGGCCUUUAUGUUUCCCCUAAUAAUCCAGUGCAAGCCACUCAGGGCAAUCUGGGACCCCGAAGUGGACGGAGUUUGCCUGAAUGUAUCGGCCAUUGGCUUCGCUGGGGCGGCUUGCAGCAUUAUCCAAGAUUUCGUGCUGAUGAUCGCACCGAUCCCUACUUUAUGGCGGCUUCGACUACCCAAGACACAACGCAUUCUGCUUGCAGUCUUGUUUGGCUUCGGCUCAAUUGCUACCAUUACAAGCCUUAUUCGACUUAAGGCCCUACAGACGUUUGGAAGGACCAAAGACUUGACCUGGGACAACGUCGAUGUGGUUAUCUGGACCGGCAUUGAGCUAGUAUCUGCUCUGAUUUGUCUUGUACAGUCACGAGAGUCUUGCAAGGCAGACCAGCGCCGCCUCAAGAACACAGACACUCGGAAAGGAUUCCGGCUUAGCCCGCCUCCACCAAUGUACCGAGCCGAAGCCUGA